AUGGUCCUUCUGCUGCUCCUUGCAAUCCUGCUGUUGAAGGAAGAUGUCUGUGGGAACUUUGGGCUUUUUGUUUCAGCACAGGCAAAUGAGAGAAGAGUGGUUGCACACAUGCCUGGUGAUAUUAUCAUUGGAGCUCUAUUCUCUGUCCAUCAUCAACCAACUGUUGACAAAGUUCAUGAGAGGAAAUGUGGAGAGGUAAGAGAGCAGUAUGGGAUUCAGAGAGUGGAGGCAAUGCUACAUACCCUUGACAGAAUUAAUUUGGACCCCACACUGUUGCCAAAUAUAACAUUAGGAUGUGAAAUAAGGGACUCCUGCUGGCAUUCUGCUGUGGCUUUGGAGCAGAGCAUUGAGUUUAUAAGGGACUCUCUGAUUUCUUCUGAAGAAGAGGAAGGGAUGGUGCGAUGUGUGGAUGGAUCAUCAUCGUCUUUCCACUCCAAGAAACCCAUCGUUGGUGUCAUUGGGCCUGGCUCCAGCUCCGUUGCUAUCCAGGUCCAGAACUUGUUGCAGCUUUUCAAUAUACCUCAGAUUGCUUAUUCUGCCACAAGCAUGGACCUAAGUGACAAAACUCUGUUCAAGUAUUUUAUGAGAGUGGUGCCAUCUGAUGCACAGCAAGCAAAGGCGAUGGUGGACAUUGUCAAACGCUAUAACUGGACCUAUGUUUCUGCUGUACACACUGAAGGAAACUAUGGUGAAAGUGGAAUGGAAGCUUUCAAAGAUAUGGCAGCCAAGGAAGGGAUCUGCAUUGCACACUCCUACAAGAUCUACAGCAAUGCUGGCGAACAGAGCUUUGACAAGCUGCUGCGAAAGCUUCGGAGCCACCUGCCCAAGGCAAGAGUGGUUGCCUGCUUCUGUGAAGGCAUGACUGUAAGAGGCCUCUUGAUGGCUAUGAGGCGCCUGGGACUCGCUGGAGAGUUUUUGCUGCUAGGCAGUGAUGGCUGGGCAGACAGAUACGAUGUGACAGAAGGGUACCAGAAUGAAGCUGUUGGUGGGAUAACAAUCAAGCUGCAGUCUCCAGACGUGAAAUGGUUUGAUGAUUACUACCUACAGCUUCGGCCAGAAACCAACCAUCGGAAUCCGUGGUUUCAGGAAUUUUGGCAGCACAGGUUCCAGUGCCGGCUGGAAGGGUUUCCUCAAGAGAACCCUAAAUACAACAAGACUUGCACAAGCCAGAUGACUCUGAGGACACAGCAUGUUCAGGACUCCAAGAUGGGCUUUGUAAUCAAUGCAAUUUACUCCAUGGCCUACGGGCUCCACAACAUGCAGCUGUCCUUGUGCCCAGGCUACGUGGGCCUCUGUGAUGCCAUGAAGCCCAUAGAUGGUCGGAAACUCCUGGAAUCCCUCAUGAAGACUAACUUUACCGGGGUCUCUGGGGACAUGAUCUUGUUUGAUGAGAAUGGUGACUCACCGGGAAGAUAUGAAAUCAUGAAUUUUAAACAAAUGGGGAAGGACUACUUUGAUUAUAUCAAUGUUGGCAGCUGGGACAAUGGUGAGCUGAAAAUGGACGAUGAUGAAAUAUGGUCAGAGAAAACUAAUAUCAUCAGAUCAGUGUGCAGUGAACCCUGUGAAAAAGGCCAGAUAAAGGUGAUCCGUAAAGGAGAAGUGAGUUGCUGUUGGACCUGCACUCCUUGUAAAGAAAAUGAGUAUGUCUCUGAUGAAUACACAUGCAAAGCCUGCCAGCUUGGCUCCUGGCCCAACGAGGACCUCACAGGUUGUGACCUCAUCCCAGUCCAGUAUCUCAGAUGGGGCGACCCCGAACCAAUUGCAGCAGUUGUUUUUGCAUGCCUGGGUCUGUUGGCCACACUGUUUGUUACAAUCGUAUUCAUAAUGUACCGUGACACUCCAGUGGUCAAAUCAUCCAGCCGAGAACUUUGCUACAUCAUUCUGGCCGGCAUCUGCUUGGGUUACUUGUGCACUUUCUGUCUGAUUGCAAAACCUCAACAGAUUUACUGUUACCUUCAGCGAAUUGGCAUCGGCCUCUCACCGGCUAUGAGCUAUUCUGCUCUAGUAACUAAAACCAACCGCAUUGCAAGAAUCCUGGCUGGAAGCAAGAAGAAAAUUUGUACAAAGAAACCUAGGUUCAUGAGUGCCUGCGCCCAGCUGGUUAUCGCGUUUAUCUUGAUAUGUAUACAACUAGGCAUCAUAGUCGCCCUCUUUAUAAUGGAGCCACCAGAUAUAAUGCAUGAUUACCCAAGCAUCCGAGAGGUCUACCUGAUUUGUAACACCACCAACUUGGGUGUUGUGACUCCCCUUGGAUAUAAUGGGUUAUUAAUUUUGAGCUGCACCUUUUACGCAUUUAAGACAAGAAAUGUCCCAGCGAAUUUCAAUGAAGCAAAAUAUAUUGCCUUCACCAUGUAUACCACUUGCAUUAUUUGGCUGGCUUUUGUGCCAAUAUAUUUUGGAAGCAACUACAAGAUAAUCACCAUGUGUUUCUCAGUGAGUCUGAGUGCCACAGUGGCCCUUGGCUGUAUGUUUGUGCCCAAGGUCUACAUCAUCCUUGCUAAACCAGAGAGGAACGUGCGCAGUGCAUUCACCACAUCGACGGUAGUCCGCAUGCACGUGGGCGACGGAAAGUCAUCGUCAGCUGCCAGCCGCUCCAGCAGCCUGGUGAACCUGUGGAAAAGAAGAGGAUCAUCUGGUGAAACGCUUAGGUACAAAGGCAGGAGACUGGCCCCCCCGCACAAGUCGGAAAUAGAGUGUUUCACCCCAAAAGGGAGUAUGGGGAAUGGUGGGCGAGCUACAAUGACCAGUGAAGAAUCUGUUUGCAUUCCAGACUGUAAUCGUUCUGAGUCAAGUAGAGAGGAGAAAAAGGUUCCUGUUAAAGAGGAUGCCCUAACAGUCAAAAAGACUGGAAACUGUGUCAGUCUAAUAGUUCCACAGCAAGACUGUCAGCUGCAAGACCUACUCAAACACUCUAAUGGGAAAUCGGUUUCCUGGGCCCAGAACGAGAAAAGCAGCCGAGGAGCACACCUUUGGCAGAGGUUGUCAGUCCACAUCAACAAAAAAGAGAACCCCAAUCAAACUGCAGUGAUCAAGCCUUUUUCUAAAAGCACAGAUAGUAGCCGACACAGUAGCAGCGCUACAUUUCCCGAGGCUAGUGCCAAAACGCUUUAUGACGUUUCGGAAGCCGAAGAGCAAUACCCAGCUCAGUACCGACCACAGACUCCCUCACCAAUCAGCACUUUGAGCCACAGAACUGCCUCUGUCAGCCGAACAGAAGAUGAAGCCCCUACCUUCCAGUCAGAACCUCCUCAGCGAAGUAGCUCCUCUCAAGGCUCCCUCAUGGAUCAGAUCAGUAGUGUUGUUACUCGCUUCACAGCCAAUAUCAGUGAGCUGAACUCUAUGAUGCUUUCAACAUCUACUCCAGGGACAAUGGGGGCUGCUCCUCUCUGCUCUUCAUACCUGAUUCCACGGGAAAUCCAGCUCCCUACAACAAUGACCACACUCGCAGAGAUCCAACCGCUUCCUGCCAUUGAAGUCAAUGGCGCUUCACAGUCUGCUAGGAAACCUUCAAAUGACAGCAUCAAAGAAGGCACUUCAGAGACCCCAGCAGCCAAGCAAGACCUGGAGGAGUUGGUGGCUUUAACUCCUCCUUCUCCUUUUAGAGACUCCAUUGAUUCUGGGAGUGCAUCUCCCAGUUCUCCAGCUUCUGAAUCAGCUCUCUGUAUCCCGUCCUCCCCCAAAUAUGACACACUCCUCAUCAGAGAUUACACUCAAAGUUCUUCUUCGCUGUGA